AUGGCUGACAUUCCGAGAUUUCCCUUUACCGUAACAGAACAUGUCUUUGAUGGACAACAUAUCCGGGAAUACCCCAAUGCCACUGUCAAGCAAGAGUCUCCUGUGAAGCUUGUCGUGAAAAAGUACACACCAAUUGACAACCCAACUCCUCGGCCGGGUGAUGUAACUAUUAUUGGGGCACAUGGGUGUGGGUUCCCAAAAGAAGUAUACGAGCCACUGUGGGAAGAACUUCUUGCCCGAAGUCGACAAGACAGUUAUCGGAUUCGAUCUAUAUGGAUCGCUGAUGUCGCGAACCUCGGUGCUAGCGGUGUUGAAAAUGAGAAAAAUCUUGGCAAUGAUCAAGCAUCAUGGUUUGAUCAUAGCCGCGACCUUCUUUACAUGAUUAACAAGUUUCGCGAUGAAAUGCCGCGGCCCAUCGUGGGCGUGGGACACAGUAUGGGUGCAGGUCAACUUGUUCUUUUGUCGCUUCUCCACCCUCGUCUAUUCACAUCCCUGUCCCUUAUCGAGCCAGUCCUCGCUCCAGACAUACUCACGGGCCAAGGCCCCAUCUUGACGAUCGUCACACUUAAACGACCCGACACCUGGAAAUCCCGGGCAGAAGCUAUCGAAGCUGCACAAAAGAUGUAUAAGCGAUGGGAUAACCGUGUCCUCGAACGGUGGAUUCUCUACGCGUACCGUGAUCUUCCAACAAUCAGCAGUGUCUCGCAGGCCGAUCAGGUUGAUCGGCCGGUUACCUUGACCAGCUCAAAGUACCAAGAGGUUUUGCAAUACCUCCGGCCAAACCCUCACGGCCACCAGCCAGUGGGACAAGAAGGUCUCCACGGAGGACCCCCGCACGAUCCUCUCCUCUACCCAGACAUUAUCGGUCCUUCUCAUGCAACCUCGCCUUUCUAUAGAUACGACGCAAUACUUGCGUGGAGACUUCUGAAGCACGUGCGACCGCCUAUUUAUUACCUGCUUGGAAAGAGCAGUCCUUUUUCCCGCCCCGAGGCUCGUGAAAAGGUACUGAAUCGGACCGGGACAGGAAUCGGUGGGAGUGGCGGCGUCAAAGCUUCGCGAGUGAAACAAGAGGUCAUCAAAGGCACCCACCAACUACCGCUAGAGAAGGUUGCAGAGACAGCAGCUUCUGUCGGUCCUUGGAUUGGCCAGUCAAUCCAGACUUGGAAGGAGGACGAGGCGCGGAUCGCCGAGGGCUCGUUCGCCGAGAAGCUGAAGAUCUUUGGCUUGGACUUUUAUUAA